AUUUACGUGAGCAGGGUACAGGAGUGCGAGUGGCUUGCGACGAUGAGCACAUUCAUAAUUAUGCAUCAAAGAAAAAGCAUCCUGUUUUCCAACUGGCAUUGAAUUUCUUGCACCUCUAACUGUAUGUCUACGUGAUAGUAUAGGACUAUUCCGCGUUUUCUCCUUUCGCGAUCCUACAUAGAAACAUAACAAUCAAUCAAUUAUGGAUUUGACGCGUGCUUUGCGGCGGUUCGAAGAGCGGCUGCGUGCCUGGAGAGAGGCCGAGGAAGAGGACCCGGAGGAAUGGCAACGUUUGUUGCAGGAUAGAGAAGACUUGCAGCGGUACUUAAGAAUCAACCAAGAAAGUUGUAUUCUGGGUACCUUCGUAGCUUUUGGUUUUUUCGUGAGAUAUUUUUUGUAGUUACAGCAGCACGCAUUGAAGCAGAUGCGUAACCUCGUUCGGAUGUUGUGGUCGCCGAGGAGUCGUGUGCAUCAAUGAAUUUCUUACCACCGUCCGAAUUCUAACCACAGAGAGCUACGGAAGUAUCAGCAAAAGGACCGCAAACGACGGGUCGGGAGCAAGACCCUGGAUGGUGAGCUGCAAGCCCUGCAGGACCUGGCGCUGGUGCCGAAAGUUUUGCAAGCGCCGCACAAACAUCCCUUCCUCGGACUUCCCAUGCCGAGCUACGCCUUUAAGCCAGACCCGCCGCCAGUGGAAAAGCCAACCGUGCGAAUCGGGCAAACGAGCUGGUACAACUCCUGAGUUUGAGUACUACUAUGUAGAUGACGUCAACGUGCCAUUCGUGUUCUUGCAUGAAGAUGUGCAUCAUGAUGUAGAAGUACUUUCAUUCCCAAAAAGGUACGACGCCUACCUGCUGAAGCGGCGGUUUGGCGAGGAGCUAAACAUUGAGGAGCUGGACAGCGAUAUCGUACGAAAAAAGCGUUUCACUGUAAGGAUUUUGCAAGUUUUGCAUUACAAGUUCGUUACACAUGACCAAGAAAACUUGCCAUGCGUGCUUCCCAAGGGAAAACACGUUGAAAAACCCAAUGUGAAUGUCUUGCAUGUGUAGCAAGACAAAUAGUUGUGUGCGCCAUUCUAUCAUGCAUCACAAGUUCACAGUGAAAGAGUUUUUUCGUGCGAUGAGCGACGAAGAGCUGGACCUCGAGGAUUGUGUCGUCAUCGAAGACAACCUGGUAGAAGGUACAGCCCCGCCGCGGACGCCCAGCCCAACGCAACAAAGCCGCGACCGACGGAAACGGCGCGGAGGACUACACGCAGGCCGGCGCCCGUACAGCGGUGCGCCCCCCCGCACGAACCACUUGCGGCACCCGCCCGACGAAGCCUUCGAGUUGCAUUUUGACGACCAUGCCGUCGGCAGUGCGGCGUCCGCGAAACGAACGCAUUUAUUGCCAGUCUUCGUGGUGCGCGGAGGUGGGAAUUCCGGAAUAAGUCAAGCCGUCGGAGCAGGGGGAGCUGGUGGUAGGAGCGGUUCGUCUUCAUCAUCUUCCACUGCGAGAGGAGCAGGACACAACAAGAAAGUUUCCAUCGCAGCAACGUCUUCCAAGCAAAUCUACUGCGACUCACCCAGUUACCGUGCUGCGGGUAAUAAGAAAUCUUACCUGCCGGAAAGAAAGUACUACCUGCGUGCGGUUGUGGCCGAGCCGGCGCGGAAAAAACGACCAAAAACCGCCUCCGAGGCGGACAACUACAAGCGGCUGCUGGUCGGAAAGGCAUCCUUAUCCUGUGCACAAGUAUCGUACUCGUACAAAUGCAAGUCUUGCAUAUACAAAUCUUGUUUCCAAAGCAAAUCUGCAUUACAAAUUUUAUUUCUCAUGCUGAGGAAAUUUGUAAUGCAUUUAUACGAGUACGAUACUUUUGCAAUGCAUAAUCUUAUCCGGGCUGGCAAGAGGAGGUGCUGGCGAGUGACGAACUGCAAGCGGGUGAGGAAGGAGAUGAAAAAGAUGGAACAGGGAUGAAAAGUAAGAUCGACGCACUUUUCUACAACGACAACCAACGUGAGCUAGUACGUGGGGACCCGCGAAUCCAGCUCCGGAAAACCGGUUGCUAUUUCUCUGCAGAGGAGCCACCGGGGGGUGGACAGCAAGCGAAAGUAGUAGAUGUGACGAACGUGAUCGCGAAAACCAGCGAGUUUCUGCAACGGAACCAGGCGCACGCGCCGCGACGAGAAGCGCCAGUAUCGUGUGCAAAAGUAUCGUACUCGUAGUAAUUGCAAUCAUGCAUUGCAAGUUUUUUUCUCAAGGUACAUCCGCAUUACAAAUUUCAUUUCUCAUGCUGAGAGCAUUUGUCAUGCAUUUAUACGAGUGCGAUACUUUUGCAGUUCAUAGCCAGCGAUGGUGUACUACGCAACGAAGGAGAAGAAGACGUGAUGAUUUUCAUCUUGCCAGAACGCAUAACAACUGCCCGACGAUCUUGAAGAACUUGAUGUUGUCGUGUGACAGCAGGAGAAGAACCAGUCUGGUGACAAUGUUGAAUAAACACACCGCUUUUCGUGUAUGAUGUUGACGAGGAGACUGAUCGCCUCCUCUAAAACGUUUUCUUUUUGGAGCUUUUUCAGAACCUUAUCGUGUUUGAUGAUGCAAAGAACGUACAACGAGGACGUACAAGCUACGUACUUGCGAGAAACACAAGAAGAAAUGAACUUUAACUACACCUGUACAGGAAGAGGAGCAGGCUGUGCUAAAAAAAACGUCCGGAUUUGUUGUAUUUAGAGCAAUACACGACAGAACAAGAGUGGUCGUGGAGACCUUCUAUGUAGCCAAGGAAAUCAAGUGCCAAGAAGCAUCUCGAAAAAAG